AUGGUUCUUCGUACACAAUUAAUCUGGGAGUCCAGAAAACAACAAACUAUAGCUCUGUCAUCAACCGAAGCCGAGUAUAUGGCUAUAUCCGAUGCUGCGCAAGAGGCAGUGUACCUAAGGCGAUUUAUAACAGAAUUGCUUGGCGCACAAAAACCUGUGGUCACCUUCAACGACAACCAAGGUGCAGUUGAACCAAUUGCAAAUGGAUCUUCUAUAAUGGAACCGAAGACGACGGACAAUGAAAUCAUGGACCGUAUGGAUGUUACUAAUGAUGAUAAUAGCAAUAAUAUUAGCAGAAACGUCCGUUCUGCUAGAGGUACUGCAUCAAAUUCAAGUGAGGGAUCCAUGGGAACUUGUGGAACAGUGCAAUUAUUUCAAGGCAUACGCCACAAUAUGCAUUCGAGUAUUAGAACGUUUACAAAACAAUAUCGUCUCUGA